AUGUGGUAUGGUCCUAAAGCACAAUUUGUUGUUACGGAGCCGGAGCUAGUCAAAGAGAUACUGAAUAACAAGGAUAGAUCUUAUCCGAAAGGAGAUGGUCCAGCCUAUUUCAAAUUGCUGUUAGGAAACAAUGGAGUCACAACAUCAGAAGAUGAAAAUGGUAAACUGUGGAGGACCGAGGAUGAGAUAGAAUCUGAGGAACUUGUGAGAGGAAUACGCUACUCUGUGAUCGAGAUAAUAAAGAAAAGAGAAGAAAAGGUCAAGAACGGAGGAGCAAAUGGAUUUGAUGAUGAUUUUCUUGCAGUUCUCAUGAAUGCAUUCCAAGACACUGAUGAGAACAAGAGGAUUUCAUUAGAAGACCUGGUUGAUGAGUGCAAGACAUUUUACAUUGCUACCCACCAAUUCCUUGCUUGCCUGGAUUAUCCUGCUUUUAGCAAUCCAUCUAGAUUGGCAAGAAGAAGCCAAGGUAUUUGGCCAACAAAAACCAAAUCCAGAUGGCAUUGCAAAACCUAA